CGGAGCCUGUUGAACUUUUUCAUUAAAUUAGACCAAUCUCAGAAAGUUAAAUGAAUGUGUUUACUAUUUUAGUAACCAUAACUGUAAUCUGGGGCCUUGACGCCUUUAAAACAUCCAUUAUCCCCAAUGAGUUCAUUGUUCAUUUCCAUUCCAAAUACUUUGCUCCGGUUCGAGAAUCCUAUAUUAAAGCGAAACUCUUUGGUUCAAAUAUAACAAACUGGAAAAUUAUUCCUCGAGAAAAUUUAGCUUGGCAAUAUCCCAGCGAUUUCGAUGUCUUGAAAGUUCUAACCGAUGAUGAAACAUCUGCUAAGUUAAUUAUAGAAAGGAUUCAAGCUCACCCAUCAGUCAAGGCGGUAGUCCCACAGCGAAGUGUUCGACGGAUCCUGAACUACAACCCGUAUGGAAAUUUUACCAGUAUAAACCGCCAUCCCCGAGGAGUUUUGCGGAAUAGGAACGCGAACAAUGAUCGGCAUCGACAAGUUUGCUCAGCACUGCACGCCAACGUCCUUUGGAAACUUGGAAUUACCGGCAAAGGAGUCAAGGUGGCUAUAUUCGAUACUGGGUUAACUAAGAACCACCCGCACUUUCGAAAUGUAAAGGAACGUACAAACUGGACAAAUGAAAAGUCUCUUGACGACAGAGUUAGUCAUGGCACCUUCGUCGCCGGGGUAAUAGCCUCCUCCAGGGAAUGUCUAGGCUUUGCUCCUGACGCUGAUCUAUACAUAUUUAAAGUCUUCACGAACUCUCAGGUUUCCUACACAUCCUGGUUUCUAGAUGCCUUCAACUACGCCAUAUACAGGAAAAUAAACAUACUUAACCUCAGCAUAGGAGGACCUGACUUUAUGGACUCGCCAUUCGUUGAAAAGGUCUUGGAACUGUCUGCCAAUAAUGUGAUAAUGAUAUCGGCAGCUGGAAACGAUGGACCCCUAUAUGGCACUCUUAACAAUCCCGGCGACCAAAGCGAUGUUAUUGGCGUGGGUGGCAUUCAGUUCGAUGAUAAAAUCGCGAAGUUUAGUUCGAGAGGAAUGACCACGUGGGAACUUCCUUCGGGCUACGGAAGAUUGGGACUCGAUAUAGUCACUUACGGAAGUCAAGUGGAAGGCAGUGAUGUGCGCAAGGGCUGCAGAAGACUCUCGGGAACAUCAGUUUCCUCUCCAGUUGUUGCAGGAGUAGCUGCUCUGCUAAUUAGCGGUGCAUUUAAAAGAAUCGAUUUGAUAAACCCAGCUUCCUUGAAGCAGGUCCUUAUUGAAGGUGCCGAGAAGCUUCCGCAAUACAACAUGUUUGAGCAGGGAGCUGGGAAACUGAAUCUGUUGAAAAGUAUGCAGCUGCUGCUAUCUUAUAAACCGAAGAUAACCCUUGUCCCAUCAUACCUCGAUUUUACUUUAAACUAUAUGUGGCCUUAUAGUUCUCAGCCCUUAUACUAUGGAAGCUCCGUGGUUAUUGCAAACGUGACCAUACUCAAUGGCAUUUCGGUUACCAGUCAAAUUCUUGGCACCCCCAAGUGGAUUCCUGAUUACGAACAUCACGGGCAACUUCUUCAAAUAUCAACACAAGUCUCUCCUAUAUUUUGGCCAUGGACCGGAUGGAUGGCAGUUUUUAUUGCUGUUAAAAAAGAUGGAGAAUACUUUGAAGGGGUCUGUAAAGGUAGUGUAACAUUAGUUGUGGAAAGUUUUAAAGAGUCAAACAACGAAACACAUGUAACUGAAGUCGAAUUUCCACUAACAAUAAAAAUAACACAAAAACCUCCGCGAAACAAAAGGAUAUUAUGGGACCAGUACCACAGCUUGCGUUAUCCGCCCCGCUACAUACCACGAGAUGAUCUUAAAGUAAAAUUGGAUCCUCUGGACUGGAGGGCAGACCAUAUACACACAAACUUUAAGGACAUGUAUACACAUUUACGAAAUGUUGGAUAUUAUAUUGAUGUUUUGCGAGAACCCUUCACUUGUUUUAACGCUUCGGACUAUGGCGCAUUGUUGAUUGUCGACCCUGAAAAAGAGUUUGGUGACGAUGAAAUAAACGCUCUAAAAGAAAAUGUGUAUAAUAAAGGCCUGAAUGUCGUUGUAUUCGGUGAUUGGUAUAAUACCACGGUGAUGAAAAAAAUCAAGUUCUUUGACGAAAACACACGACAAUGGUGGACACCUGACACUGGCGGCGCUAAUAUUCCAGCCUUAAACGAUUUGUUGAAACCCUUUGGAAUUGCUUUUGGAGAUUUUGUCGGAGAGGGCCACUUCAAAUUGGGCGACCAUUCAAUGUAUUAUGCUAGUGGUGCCCCAAUUAUCAAAUUUCCAAUGAACCCAGAAAAUAUUUUAGUAGGAACGAAGCUAAAUGAUCAAGGACUCUCGAUAAUAAAUUCUAAGACACCCACCAAAGAGGCUAAGGUAGAUGUACCUAUUUUUGGAAUGUUUCAAACCAAGGCGAAUAGUAUUGAGAGCAACGAGGAAAUCAUAAGCAAUGCAGAGAGCGAAUUAGUUGAGGCUAUACCCACAGAUUUCUCAACAUUUAAGAACAGAGUCUUGCUACUACGAAAAAAGGAACAAAGUAAAGGCUUGGGCCAAAUCAAUAGCUACCAAAGUAGCAGUGAAGGACGAAUCGCAGUUUAUGGGGACUCUAACUGCCUGGACUCGACGCAUCUAGAGAAAGCUUGCUACUGGCUAUUAAUUACAUUCUUAGAUUUUGCGAUAAACUCACACAAAUCUAGCUUACUGCAGAAUCUAAAUCGUAUAACGGAAUUUCACAAACUAAAAAGAGCCCCUUUACCUCAUAGGAUAUCAAGUAGCAAUUUAAAAUCACGUUUUCAAACGAAUAUUUGUGAACAUUUUCACUUGCUGAACUCAUCAAACAGGAAACCUGUUAAACAGAGGAAAUCUUCUAUUUUAGACGUAGUUACAAGGGAAAGUGAAGAAUAUGAGAUCAACUUAAUUAACUUGUUGGAUGCCGAGAUAACUAAAUUGUCUCAGAAUAAUGACUAUUUUACAGGAAGCCAAGUAGCCGAUAGUUUAAGAACUCCAAUUAUAUUUAUGAUUAGUUUAAGCUUAUUUGUUAUUAUAUUAUUUGUUUUAUUCAUAAAACGACGAUUUAUUUUGUAAAUAAAUAUUUUCUUCAGUAAAAAGUCUUACAACUGAUAGAGGAAAUACUUGACGGG